AUGAUGCUACUUCCUCCGUUUAGGCCUUGCUCCAUCCUCCAUCUGCCAUCAAAACCACCUGACCACCUGCGUUUCUGCCCAUGGGGCCACGGCCGCAACUAUCAUAGUGAUGAGCGCCCGUUGCGUACAGCUACUCUAUGCCGCCCGCACACGUUUGGAAUUCAAGUCAAGGAGGUCGGUAUCGCGAGCCUCGCUACUGCUGCUGCUGGAGGUUCCCGGAGCCGCCACGCACGCGAUAACGCCAAGGGCGACUUGGACGCCGAGUUCGUCGAGAUGUCAAAAUACAGACAAGUCUCCAUCUUCGCAAACUGCCGGCCCUUCAGCGGGUACUGGGCCAUGCCGCCGCCCAACGCGCAGUGCGCGACGCUGCAGCGCUAUUCUGUGGUGCAGGCCUGCUUCAACAUCUCGAGCGACCUGCUGAUGCUCUGGGUGCCCAUCCCGCUCAUCCUCAAGGCCAUGCUGCUGUCCAUCUUUUCCUUCGGCGGCUUCGUGAUCGUGGCCGCCGUGCUUACAAAGGUCUUUAACUUGUCCAACGUCUGGGACCCGCAGCAUAUGCUUUGGUACAUGCGCGAGGCCUCGGUCGCCAUCUACGUCGCCAACAUCCCCGUCCUGUGGCCCGUUCUGCGCGACUGGUGCCCCUGCCUGCGCCGUCUAUUCGCCGGGGGCGCGCGCGUCGGCGAGUCCACGCUCUACCGCCGCAAGCUCGGCAUCUUCUCCUCAUGGAGCGGCAGCGGCGGCACGACAGCCGUUUCGCGGACGGCGCCGGGCGGCGCCGGCGAGUCGAGGCGCGGCUUCCGUAGCUGGCCUAGGACGGGCUGUCACAGCGUCAUGGAGCACGGCAUGGAGAUGGGCCUGAAGGACGUCGGCGGAGGGGGAGGAGCAGCAGGAGGCGGGUCGCGCGGCCGCGGCGGGAGCUCGAGCAUGGAGCGCAUACUGGCACCGCUCCCGCCCGCGUGCCUGGCGCCGCCGCUGUCGCCUGCCGAGGUGCUAGCUUUUGCGGGCCUGAACAGGUCCGAGGUGCGCGCGCUCGAGACCAAGGACAGGACGCUGGCGGAAUUUCCGGGCGGCGGCUUCUGCGCCAGCGCGAUACACGUCCAGCGCACGGUCGAGGUUACGGCCGAGGACAGGGACCAGGACGCGGCCCUGGACGGCCGGCGCGGCGGCGCCGACAUCUACAACUGGGAGCAGAACGGAGCUUCGAACCACCGCGUGGGCGUAUACGCUGGCAGGUAG